UACACUAUAAUUCCCCAUACACGACGUAACGACCAAGAGAAAAUUCAAGAUGGCGCAUUCAGGUAUUUCUGCCGGUGCUAAAGGAAGACUUGUCGCUGUGAUAGGAGACGAGGACACUUGCACUGGCUUUCUUUUGGGAGGAAUAGGAGAAAUUAACGCCAAGAGACAGAAAAAUUUCCUGGUUGUAACUAAAGAAACUUCAGUGAGUGAACUUGAAGAAGCCUUCCAGCAGUUUACAAACAGAAGUGAUAUUGCCAUUCUUUUGAUCAAUCAAAAUAUUGCUGAGGAGAUCAGGCAUAUUCUUGAUAAUUAUGAUAAAGCUAUUCCAGCUAUUCUUGAGAUUCCAUCCAAGGAGCAUCCAUAUGACCCAUCUAAGGACUCAAUUUUAAGAAGAGCAAAGGGUUUAUUCAGUGCAGAGGACUUCAAGUAGUUAUCUUGAAAUGCUGCUUACAAGAACCAAUCAUCAAGAGAAUGAAUUUAUAAAAAUUUGUCCAUAUCUUAAUGCUAUUUAAUUAAUGAUAGUCGUAUUAUCCCGAUUGAAAGCUUGAAAAUUGUUCUUAAAGGUAUAGUUUCUUAUUAAUCAUGUGAAAAUUUCAGUUUCCUGCAUUUCAGUCACUGUAUAAGGCAUUACCUAAGUAUGGGAUAGUUAGUAAUAGACUAAAACACUUGGCUCAAAAUGCAAGACUAAAAUAGGAAAUGACAGUGAUGGAGACCAGCCAGGACCUUUAGAUGAAAAUCUGAGAGUAAAACAUAUAAUUGAGAAAGUCAGAAACAGGAGAAAACAGAUGAAAAUGAGAGAUCAUAACCUGUCAGUCAAAGAUAUGCUGUAUUUCUUAUACCAGAUCCAUUUAAGGCCCACAUGUUCAGUAUUCACUUGACCUCACUCCCAUGAGUGACCAAGACAGAAUUUCUCCUUACAAUACCAAUAUAGUAUCAAGCAGACAAGUGAUGAGAAUAAAGAAAUAUAUCAAUAGAGGAUUAUAAGUUGAUCCAGUAACAAACUCACUAAACUGUAUAACUAUAAGAAUUGUAUUGCAGCCAGUAAGGGGAAUUGCUAAAUAAAUGAGAUCUUGGGAGCGAAA